AUGAUUCUUGGCAUCGGCGUCGAUGUCGUCCACCUCCCUCGCAUCGCUGCACUCAUCGCUCGUCGCGGACAAGAAAGAUUUGCUCAAAAGAUACUCAGCAACGAAGAAUUGCAGUCAUGGAGGGCCAUCCAUGAACGCGACCGCGCCAGGUUCUUGGCCGUCCGGUGGGCGGUCAAGGAGGCUGCAUAUAAAGCAAUGUACCCUACUGUAAAGCCUACGUGGAAGGAUCUCUCGUUCUGGAGCUUAGGUCAGGAAUUCAAUGGCAGUAAACCUUCGCUGUCGUAUCGUUCUCCGUACCCUGAUACCUCGGUGGGUGAGAUACACAGUUCUAUCAGCCACGAUGGGGAAUAUGUGUUUGCUUCCGUGCUGGUCUGUCAGCGGACAGAAUAG